CGAGACAGGAACUUCAUUCCCCUGCGGGUCGGGAUCGCAGAAACUAUGCCCCUUCUCUCACCAUGAGCUGGCUCUCCAAUUCUCCAGGUGUCGUGCUCACCGCCUACCACCCCAGCGGCAAGGACCAGGCCGUGGGGGACAGCCCUGCAAAGGGAGGUGAGGAAGCCACCUCGAGCCGAAGACAUGGCCAUUAUAACAUGAACCAAGAAAGCACCGCUCCCAGAGUUGCAGAGAGGCCUCCAUUUGACAGAUCCAGUUCCCAGGAUUCCUUGGACGAAUUAUCUAUGGAGGAUUAUUGGACAGAGCUAGAAAAUAUCAAGAAAUCCAGUGAAAGCAGACAACAAGAUCAAGAAGUGGUAGUUGUCAAGGAGCCUGAUGAAGGAGAACUGGAAGAAGAGUGGCUUAAAGAGGCCGGUUUGUCUAAUCUCUUUGGUGAGUCAGUGGAUGAUCCACAAGAAAGCAUGGUAUUUUUAUCUACAUUGACCCGGACCCAGGCAGCAGCUGUUCAGAAACGCAUAGAGACAGUCUCCCAGACCCUGAGGAAGAAAAACAAACAACAUCACAUUCCUGAUGUCAGAGACAUAUUUGCUCAGCAGAAAGAAUCGAAAGAAAAAACUCCAGAUGGCACUGAAUUGCAGUCAGUAAGAACAAAUGAAAACAAAUACGAAGGAAAAGAUGACCAGUCAUCUAGCCUCAUUGUUGCUAAUAAGGAUCUGGUGGUACUGGUGCCUGAAGAUACACCUGCCUCUGAAGCAGACAUCAACCUGGAGGUGUCAUUUGCAGAACAAGCUGUGGAUGAGGAAGAGAACUCCAAGGAUAAGACUUGGAAGAACAAAGGCUGUGAUGCCUCAUUACCUAGUUUCAGAUUGCCAAAAGAUAAGACAGGCACCACAAAGAUCGGGGACCUGGCAUCUCAGGACAUGAAGAAAGUUUGCCGUUUAGCCCUGAUUGAGUUGACUGCCCUCUAUGAUGUAUUGGGCAUUGAACUGAAGCAACAGAAAGCUGUGAAAAUCAAAACAAAAGAUUCUGGUCUUUUUGGUGUCCCAUUGACCACAUUAUUAGAACAAGAUCAGAGGAAAGUGCCAGGAACCCGAAUACCCUUGAUCUUUCAAAAACUGAUUUCUCGAAUUGAAGAGGGAGGUUUGGAAACAGAAGGCCUCCUACGAAUACCUGGAGCCGCCAUGAGAAUCAAGAAUCUUUGCCAAGAACUAGAAGCAAAGUUCUAUGAAGGGACUUUUAAUUGGGAGAAUGUCAAGCAGCACGAUGCAGCCAGUCUGUUGAAGCUCUUCAUCCGGGAGCUACCCCAGCCCCUGCUCAGCGUAGAAUACCUCAAGGCCUUUCAGGCUGUGCAGAAUCUUUCCUCCAAGAAGCAGCAACUCCAGGCUCUGAACCUCCUUAUCAUCCUCCUGCCCGACGUGAACAGAGACACUCUGAAGGCCCUGCUUGAAUUUCUCCAAAGAGUCAUAGAUAAUAAAGGGGAAAAUAAAAUGACUGUCCUGAAUGUUGCAAUGGUCAUGGCUCCGAAUCUCUUCAUGUGUCAGCUGGGUUUGAAGACCAGUGAGCAGCAAGAAUUAGCGAAGGCAGCUGGGACAGCAAACAUCAUGCUCUUACUUAUUAAGUAUCAGAAACUUCUGUGGACAAUUCCCAAGUUUAUUGUAAACCAAGUAAGGAAGCAAAACACUGAAAACCAGAGAAAGGAAAGGAAAGCCAUGAAGAAAUUGCUAAAGAAAAUGGCUUAUGACCGAGAAAAACAUGAAAAACCAGAUAAGAGUACAAAUGAUGCUGACGUUCCUCAGGGAGUGAUUCGUGUGCAAGCUCCCCAUCUUUCGAAAGUUUCCAUGGCAAUACAGCUAACUGAAGAACUAAAAGCCAGUGAUGUACUUGCCAGGUUUCUCAGCCAAGAAAGUACUGGUGUGGCUCAGACUCUGAAGAAAGGAGAAGUUUCUUUAUAUGAGAUUGGAGGAAACAUUGGGGAACGCUGCCUGGAUGACAAUACCUACAUGAAGGACUUAUAUCAACUCAACCCCAAUGCCGAAUGGGUCAUAAAGUCGAAGCCAUUAUAGAAGCUGGAAGCCAACGCUAGCCCUGAGGACUUCUGUGGUCAUUCUUGCUGGGUCAAGAGUGUACAUAAAAGAAAUGGUGGGAAUCUUAUUUUUCAGCUGUAUUCAAUUAUUAAGAAGUGACGCCCUCAAGCCUUUACAAAAAAGAUAGACAUGCUGCUGCCAGAAUUAUGCUGAUUAUCAUUAGAAAACAAAUACUUCUAGAGACAGGGGCUUAAUUAGCUUGUGGGCUGUUUUUAUCUACUCUGUGAAAUUCAUCCAGAUGUGAGGUGUUUUUUUCUUGAUGAAAAUGUUUUUUACCACUCACUUUUCCUUGUGAAAAGCAUAUGUUCUGAGGCAUAUAUAUGUAUGUAUAUAUAUGUAUAUAUGUCUCCUUUUACCUUCUUACUUAUCUGUCUCUGCCUUUCCUCAGUCAGGUUUGAUCUUUAACCAAAAACAAUAACAAAUACUAGGUAUUUUAAGGCAUGAAGACAGCAUACAUUAAAACAGACUUAAUGCAAUGUAAUUCUUGGGACUAUUGAAUAGUGCUAUUCCAUGUCUGUGAAUCAUUUAUUCCAAUGAUUCCACCCUAAGAUCGAAUAGUUAAAUAGUUAAAUAAAAAGUAAUCUCAGGCUGUGAUUUCUUUUCCCAUUUAUUUGAUCUGUGUGCAUGGAACUCUAUCCUUGAUCAAGUAAAUUGGCCUGUCGGAAACCGCCAAUUAUUACCCUGCCAUUAAAUACUUAUAUAUGAAGAAUAAAUUCAAAUAUGUGCAUCUGUAAUAAGAACUAACGAUAAACAGAGAAUGAAAGCCAAAGAACUAUACUCUUUCCAAAAGAAAUUUACAGAGUCAAAGCUGGCUUGACCUGUUUCCUAUUAGCUUUAUAAAUAUACAUAAUAAUAUGAUCUAGUAAACAGUUGGAGAAUGUAUUGUUAAGGCAGGAUAUCUUUCUUUUCUUUUUCUUUUCUUUCCAGACUAAGACUACUGGACAAGUUAUACUUUUCGGUAUGACACAGUCAUGUGAACAAGUUUUUGUUUUUGUACUUAUUUUAAAUCAAUAAACUUACUAAAAUGUUGUGGAAAGUACUCUUCCCAGGGAUUUUAACACACAGGCCACAUUGUGACCAGAGAUGAGCCUCUCUACUGUACAUAGAAGAGAUGAAGAGAGAAAUGUUAAAUAUUUUACAAAGUUAGAGUGUAGUAAAUAAAAAGGUAAUGUUAAUGAAUGUUGUGCCAACUGUGUUUGAUACUUUUAGUCAUACGGGAAGGAAAAUUACACAUUCUCAGAAACUCUUGAUGUCAUUGCUAAUUAGGAAAGAAAAGGCCCUUAAUGGGAGUCAUAAAUUUUUAGCAUAUAAUUACAAGAGCAGCCUGUGGAAAUGAUCACUUAAAAUAACUUUGUGGUGAUUUGUGCCAUUGCUUUUUUUAUUUAAAGAAUUUCAUAAUUAAAUGUCUUUUUCAACAUAA